AUGGACUCUAAGAACCGCCUCACGAGGCGCAGCAUUAAGAUCAAGAUCAACAAGCGCCUCGCAGUUGCAUUGAACGAGGAGUACAGCAUAUGUUGUGCUUGGGGGUUCCAAUAUGAGCACGUGGGCAAGAAGACAUACAAUAUUGUGGGAUGGUCUAAUGGUGAGAUCGAACCUUCCCGCGCACCGAUCGGGACUAAUCACCUCAGAGACAUCCGUCCCGAGAUGACCAUUCGUUGGAGCGAGACGUACCGAGUGUCUGCAAGUGAAACGGGGUGCAUGCCAAAUUUCUUCGUCGACUCGGCGACCGAUUCGUUGCCAAUCCAGCCUGGAGAGACCUUCGUAUUCGACUCGUUCGACAAGGUAUCGAUCAGCGCAAAGCAGCCGCCCGAGAACCCACCGAACGCAUUUGCCUUCACAGCCACGAGCCCAGGGUGCUCCAUCGUCUUGGAUCGAGGCCCCGAUCUCCACAGAGACAAGGAAGAGGACAACGUGACUCCCGUAUUCAUGGCGAGCAGUGGAGCACAUACUUUCCCUGUUCCAACCACGGGCUCCAUACAGCCCACUGAUACCGCCCUGAUCUGGUUCCAGCUCAAGUCCCAGCCCUUGAUCAGACGGCAGGCGUUUGACCGGAAGAGUCUUACCGUGGAGCCGCUAGAGUACCCGUACGGUGCGCAGAGCUCAUGGUUUACAGAGAUCACGCUGGACUUUGUCGAUGGGCGACCCCAGCUGCUCAACAAGAUUAUCACAUUCCCGACCGAGUCUAACAUGGCUUCGCCUAUCACUGACGAAAAGCCAUCAUCAAGAGAUUUUUUUGAGCAGUGA